AUGUCGACCCCGCAAGCGAAACGUCGCCGGCUGAACGAAGCCACGAAAACGCUCCAGAAGCCGUUCAAAUCGCCGUUCCGCACACCGUUGAAGCCCAGCAUAGGCGACGACCCGCCAUCCUCAGAUCCGCCUGAGGUCCACACUCCUGCGCUUGAUACACCUAGGACAACCAUCGCUCCUGCUAGAAGUACCGCCCCUGCAGGCAAUGGCGCACAGCAAGCGGCCACCUGUACCGCCUCUAUGCAACCCCCCAAAACGCCAGCAACGUCUAAGGUGACACCACGUGUCUCGAAACCUCUCGUCUCACGUCCGAACCUAUCUACCCCGUCACGUGUCGCGUCGAAGAAGGCACCGUCGAAACCCUCGGUCGCACGCGAGAUCAUGCAAAUCCGCAAUGAGAUCCAGAUGCUUACACAAGCUCAGACCCUGGCAACGUCUACAAAGGAUGACGACCUGGUCGUACUGGUCGACAAAUGGCGUACAGCAAGUCGUGCGGCGGCGGAAGAGCUGUUUGGUAGCACUAGAGACAGGGUUAACAGAAUGGGCGGGGUAGGCGCAUGGAAGGAACGUGAAAAAGAAUCCAAGGAACGGCAGAUGCAAUGGGAUAAAGAAGAGAUGGAGGCGGAACGUGAGAAGAUGGAGGAGGCGAAAGAGAGUGGUGAGGUCUCUGAAGAGGCGUAUGAUCGCUACGCCGAGAUGGAUUCGGAAAGGGACAAGGGAGAGGAGGAGAAGGAGACGUUCAAGGGAGCAGACGAUGAUUCGUUCACGAUGGACAUGAUGCUCAAGACCCUGAACAUCGACCUCAAGCUCAUCGGUUACAACAAAGAGGCGCAGAGGUGGGAUGUGAAGUAUUAUCUCAAUUCAUCCGUCCAUCUCAUCCUCAUACUUCUACCCCUUACCAUGUCACUCAAAGACCAAACCGUCCUCAUCACAGGGGCUUCUAUGGGCAUCGGCGCAGCUAUUGCACGUCGACUAGCCGCUGAAAGCGCAACACUCAUCCUCUUUGCACGCUCAGACGACAAGCUAAAGGCCCUCUCCGACGAACUCAAAAAAGAACACAAAGACCUGAAGAUCUUCACAUCAGUCGUCGACGUACAAGACCACACAUCCCUCAGCACCGCCGUCUCAAACAUCGUCCAGCAAGUCUCCCACAUCGAUGUCCUCAUCAACAAUGCUGGUCUAGCUAUAGGCGCGCCGUCACGCUUCCCUGACCUCAAGAUCCAAGACAUCAUCACAAUGACGAGCACAAACAUCAAUGGAUACAUGUUUGCUGCUUAUACUGUUUUGAACGAGGGAAAGAUGAAGGAGCGUGGCAAGGGGACGAUUCUAAACGUCACCAGCACAACGGGGCUAGAGGUUCCACCUUUCCCAGGCGAGGCUGUCUACCAUGCUAGCAAGGCGUGCCAGGAGGCUUUCACCAACGUGCUGAGAACGGAGUUAGUGGGCACUGAUAUCAAAGUCCUCGCGUUACGGCCCGGCGUUGUAGCGACGAACUUCCAUGAACAACGUGUUGGAUACGAAAAGCAGAGCUACGAUACUUUCAUGUCGGGUUUCGAGCCUCUUGUUGCGCCAGAUGUUGCGGAAGCGGCUGCGUUCAUGCUGGGUCAGAAGGAUAGGGUUAGUGUGAAGGCGUUGGAUGUUGUGCCUACUGCACAGAGGAGUUUGCAGGUUUUUGAUCGGGAGUGGAAUAGCAGGGAUGAGGGGAGGAAAGAGGAGAAGAUGGAGAGCUAA